AUGGACAUUCUUUGCAAUUUACCACAUUCAUCAGGAGGUUUCAAUCAAAUUUUGCUAGUAGUAUGUCCGUUCUCCAAAUGGUGUGAAGCCUUUCCACUGAAAACAGCAGGAGCCGUAGAAACUGCAAGAAUCUUGUACAACGAAAUUAUAUGUCGAUAUGGUCCUUGUAGACAAAUUCUUACAGAUUUAGGGAAACAUUUCACUUCAAACCUCGUGAAAGAAAUCUGCAAACUUUUCCAGAUCACCAAGCUCAAUACGUCAUCCUAUCACCCAGAAUGCAAUGCAGCAACCGAACGACAGAAUCGUACAUUAGCAACAUCUCUGCGAAUGUAUUGUCAUGACAACCAGUCGACUUGGCCCGACUAUUUACAAGGCGUCAUGAUGUCUUUCAGAAACACAAUACAAACCGAGUCCACACAAUAUAGUCCAUAUUAUUUAGUCUUUGGAAGAGAGCCUCGAAAUCCUAUAGAUAUUGCACUGAUUCCAGAAUCUACAAAAGGUCUGAGCAAAGAUGCAGAGUCAGCAUUUAAAUUGAUCGUUGAUAAUCUCACCCAUGCCAGAAAAAUAGCUAAGACAAAUAUUGAAGCUGCACAACAGAAGUAUAAAACGCAACACGACAAAAAGGUGGAGGAACCAAGUUUUUAUAUAUUAGACAAAGUAUGGCUUUAUUGUACACGCACACCGGUAGGCUUGUCUCCCAAGCUCCAACGAAAAUGGACUGGACCAUAUUACAUUGCAGAACACAUAGGCGAAUAUACUUACCGUUUGCGCAAAGCGUCUGACGAUAAAAUAUUGAAGGCUCCAGUGCACGCAAAUCGAUUGAAGAAGUUUCUCGACCCCAAGAAUCGUCCCACAAACCCACCUAAUGAAAAAGAUGAGGAUCACGACCUAAACCCAGAGGAACUCAUGGACAUGCCUGAAAUCCUUGACAGAGUCAAUGACACAAUCAUUAACCACACACAAAAUCAAGUAGGGAAAAAUAAUCAAAAUGUUCCAACACAAUUACACAAAGAUACGCAACCGUCACAAAUUCCAAACCCCCAACAGGACAUAUAUGACGUCGAAAGAAUACUUAAGUGUAGAAAACGAGGCAACAUUAAGCAGUACCUUAUUAAUUGGCGAGGUUAUAGUAGUUCACAAAAUACAUGGGAACCAUCAAACAACAUACACAAUGACUUAAUCCAACACUUUCAUGCUCAGAAUCAAAGUAAAAAUAAGCGAAAACGACACGGAUAA